CUCUCAUGAUGUCCGGGCCCACCUGGCUUCCCCCAAAGCAGGUGGGUGUUUCGGGGUCUCCGGGCAUCUUGGUUUCCGCGCCAGUGGCCUGCAGGCCCCAGAAGAGUUUUGCUACUGCUCCUACUGCCCCCAAGCCCAUGUACGGAUCUCAGGAGGCCAACGGGACCAUGAGUGCGACAGGGACGGCCCCUCGGUACCCACCCCCUGCGGCAGGGCCCCCUUCCCUUCCUCAGGAUGCCACAGCUGAGUAUCAUUACCCAGCCAAAGAUGAGCGAGGAUCGGGGGGUUCUUGGGGCAGCGUCUCUCCUCCGGGCUCUCACGGGCAGGGUCCCUCCUUGGACCAUCGGCCGGCUUGCUCCUCCAGCAUCGAUGUCCAGAUAGACUCUCUCACCAACAUGUUGGCAGAUAUGGAGAAUGGUGGACACCGCCGGGCCGAGAGGCAGAACGUGGAUUCUUCUCCAUACCCGCCCACCCUGCUGCAUCCUGGUGCCUCCAAGCCUACCGGUGCCUACAAGCCAGGACCCCCCGGUGCCUUCCAUCCUGCCAAACCCGCUGCCUUCGCCGCCGACUCCUACGCCAGGAGCGUGCCAUAUGGAGGGCAGCCGUCACAAGUGCCAGCCUAUCCAGCCACCUCGGGGCUGCCCUCCCAAUACGGCACUCCUGUCCCUGGUGACUCCUACGGAGCAGGUUACCACCGGGCACCGGCAGUACCCAAGCCGUACCCUCAACCGAUGCCGGCGUCCUACACCACGGCCUCUACCCCUGCUGGCCCCCAUUUCAACAUUCAAGUGAAGGUGGCGCAGCCAGUCCCGGGCUACAACCAACCCCGGCGGAGGGCAGAGCAGGCAUACGGCCCUCCAUCCCCACAGGCUGGCUACAGGGCCAAGCCACCCCCUCAAUACGCCUCGGAGCCAGGGCUCAGGACCCGACCCCACGACGCAGAUCCCUGGUACCCGGAGCCGCCGUCUUAUGGCAAGAGGGUGGGCGAGGGAGAGUUCUGCCCCAGCGCUGGAGGGCCAGCCAAGCUGGGCUUGCCAGGAGGCCAGUACCCGUCUGGACUGGUCAAAGCGGGGAAGGAAGAGGCUGCGGUCGCGUCACAAAUGCCAGCCAGCUGCGGAGGGCUGAGAUACCAGCACCAGGCUCCCCCAAGCCGCCCGGAAGAAGAGCUCGAUCGGCUGACAAAAAAACUUGUUUAUGACAUGAACAACCCUCCGUCCGGUGAAUAUUUCGGCCGAUGUGCCCGGUGUGGCGAGAACGUGGUCGGGGACGGGACGGGCUGCGUGGCCAUGGACCAGGUCUUCCACGUGGAAUGCUUCACCUGCUCCACCUGCCACUGUCGACUUCGGGGGCAGCCUUUCUAUGCCAUCGACCGGCGCUCCUAUUGUGAAUCCUGCUAUAUUGUGACCCUGGAGAAAUGUUCCAUGUGCUCCAAGCCCAUCAUGGACCGGAUCCUGCGCGCCAUGGGCAAGGCCUACCACCCGCAGUGCUUCACCUGCGUCGUCUGCCACCGCUGCUUGGACGGGGUCCCCUUCACGGUCGACGCCACCAGCCAGAUCCACUGCAUUGAAGAUUUCCACCGGAAAUUUGCUCCCCGGUGUUCGGUGUGUGGAAACGCCAUCAUGCCAGAGCCGGGGCAAGAGGAGACGGUGAGGAUCGUCGCUCUGGACCGCAGUUUUCACAUUGGCUGCUACAAGUGCGAGGAGUGUGGGUUGCUUCUCUCCUCGGAGGGGGAGGGCCGGGGCUGCUACCCGCUGGACGGCCACAUUCUGUGCAAGAGCUGCAGCGCACAACGGAUCCAAGAGCUCUCCUCUAAGAUCACCACCGAUUGCUGA